AACAAAAACAGCUGAGUUGAUCGCUGAUUGCUGAGAACUCCCCCAAAAGUGGUAGCUGUUUAAAUUCGUCAAUGUUAGCUGUUCAUCUGUAAUGUGACUCAACUUGCCUACAUAUCUGGAGUCUGAGCCGGUUCUUCAAAACAUCUCAAAAGGUGAUCUAUGUGGGAAGCAGUCGGCUAAAGAUGAUGCCUUUGUCGGAUAAUCACGAUAUUGCCUGUUUUCUGGUAACGAAGCACUCAUGGAAAGGAAAAUACAAACGCAUAUUUUCCAUCGGAUCGAAGGGAGUGACCACCUACAACCCUUCCACUCUAGAGGUGACCAACAAGUGGCCGUACAAUGAGUUCUACUCGAUUCAGCCAAUCAAGACUGGCGCCAAUUCGCCGCACGAGUACCAGAUAACAGUGAAAAAGGACAAAAAAUUGAACAAAAUGAUUUUCUCCACGGAACAUCGCACUUAUGUUAUUACCGAAACCAUGAAGUUUAAGCAUUUAUUCAUCGAAAAACCCAAAGAAAUUUAUCGUUACCAAGCCUAUAAGCACCAUUGGUCCGAUAUACGGUUACCAGUUCUAUUGGAAGUCACUCCUUACUCUCUUGACCAACUGGAUCCGACUACCAAUACUAUUCUUGCCAGUUACACCUACAAGGACUUUGAGGGGAUUUGCACGGUGUGUGAUUACCCAGGUGGUUUUGUGAUAGUCUGUGGCGGAUUUGGGCGCCUGCAUAUGUUCCAAACAGUGGACUUUGAGGAAAUUAAAAUCAAAAUUGCGGAAAACGCUUCCAUGUUCUUGGGGAUCAACAUCAAAGUAUUAGGCCAGCCAAUCAGUCUGGAUGACUUCCAGAGGCAAAGGUUCGGCAAAUAUAGUGAAGAUGAGUUUCUAACGUCCGCAUCCGAGUUUUUCGUCCACAAAAUCCACAAAGCCAGACAUUCCGAGGCCGUCCGACGAAUUCUCUGCCUAUCCGAGCAUUGUCUGCUCGAGCGCGAUCCUCAAACCUACAGUAUUUGUACGUUGCAACCCUUAUGUGAUAUAUUUGCUUUAGUGCGCGAUAGUGAUAACCCGCAACAGUUUAGUAUAGAGUACGUUAAUGGACAGAUUCGGACUUACACGUCCACCGACAGGGACUCGGUGUUGGCGUCCCUAUUGGAUGGGGUGCGAGCCUCUGGGAACAAGGACGUUUACAUUACAAUGCGUCCCACCCCCAAGGGCCUUCGGCUGGGACCUUUGAACAUCCCCGUUGAGGAAGAGGUGGAGAGUUUGCAUUUGAAACUAUUCCAGAGCUCGUUGCCGCAUUUGACUCUCGCUAAUUGUGUGAAGCGCUUCAAUGCCAACAUUUCAUAUAGCGGGCUUUUGUACAGCGUUACCCAAGAAGGAAUAUUUUCCGAGAACAAAGAAAAACUGAUCGUAGCCGCCCUGCAAACGCUGGUAUCACGCGAAGGCGACCAGAAGCUAAUUUCAGCCGAAGAACUCGAGUCCCAAUUCCAUGCGCUCCGUAGACUCGCGGCCAGCAAAAUCGGGUUUGCUGCUUUCACCAAACUCCCCGGAUUUCGGGAGUCGAUCGGAAUCAAAGUGAUCACGGCCCUUAAAAGGAACAAUCACGGCGUCACGCACGCAGCCAUGGAUAUGAUUUGCGCCCUGAUGCACCCCAUGCAUGAUGAUUACGAUUUGAAGCAGGAGCAGCUGAAUAAGUCGCUGCUUCUGCAAACUAAACCGUUCUUGGAGAGUCUGCUCAACAUGUGGACGACCCAUAUAGCCCAAGGCUCUGGAGCUCUGGUCGUUUCUUCGAUGCUCGAUUUCCUCACCUUCGCCCUAUGUGUGCCCUACAGUGAAACCACUGAUGGCAAACACUUUGAUACGCUACUGGAAAUGGUUGCAGAUAGAGGCCGAAUUCUCUUCAAACUCUUCCAACACCCUUCCAUGGCCAUUGUCAAGGGAGUGGGACUAGUGAUGCGGGCCUUGAUCGAAGAAGGGGACUCUGAGGUGGCGGUGAAGAUGCAAAAUCUCUCCUUAGCUGAAGGGGCCUUGCCCAGGCAUCUUCUCUCCUCUUUAUACACGCAGGGCUCCGAUGGACGAAUGCUUACACAUCGACAGCUCUCUAGGCAUCUUACAGGCCUGUGGGUGACCGGCAAUCCAAUUGCAAUGGGCCUUCUAAAGAGAAUCAUGCCCAUUGGACUUAUAUCGUUCCUCGACUCUCCGGAGCAAGUGCCUAAAGAAGCCAAAGAACAAGAACUACUGAAUCAUCGCGAUAAUUUGAAGAUCGCUCAAGAUCAUGCGAUGAAGACGCGAAGAAAUCCCAAUUGGAUAACAGUGGAAAGGCAGCUGAAGAAUGUGGAGAAGCACGUGGAGUAUUACACGAAUUUGGCGCUGCAGCAUUGGGGCGCUAAGGUUGGCAUCAGCUUGAAACGUGAGGAGAAGAUAAAGGAGCGGCCGAUUGUGCUGAGGAAACGAAGAGAGCGAGUUAAAGCCGAGAGCAACUGGGCGCUGUUCUACUGGAGCUUCAGUCAAGAUCAUGCUCUUCCCAACUUGAUUUGGAACCAUAAGACUAGGGAAGAAUUGCGAUCGGCUUUAGACAGUGAAAUUCGCCAGUUUUCCAACGACAAGGACUUGGCAGGAAACGCGCUGGUUUCAUGGAAUCACCAAGAGUUUGAGCUGAACUAUCAAUGUUUGGCCGAAGAAGUGAAAAUUGGCGAUUAUUACUUGCGGCUGCUACUGGAAAUGGAUGACCAUAACGACGACUCACCCAUAAGAAAAUCGUAUGAAUUUUUUAACGACCUCUACCAUCGAUUCCUGCUGACCAGCAAAGGAGAAAUGAAAUGCAUGUGCCUGCAAGCCAUGGCCAUCGUCUAUGGGCGUUAUUUCGAAGACAUCGGACCGUUCAGCGAUACCAAAUACAUAGUCGUCAUGCUUGAACGAUGCAUAGACAAGAUGGAAAGAGACCGACUAGUUACCUUUAUAGGAAAGCUGAUGUUGCACAGGAAGAAUGUGCGGGAACUGAUAGAUAUGGGCGGCGUGAAGAUUCUGGUGGAUUUAAUGACUUUGGCCCAUCUUCACACAUCAAGGGCGGUAAUUCCCACCCAAACUAAUGUUAUCGAAGCCGGUCCCGAUAUGUACAUCGAGCAGAAGAAAGAGUGGCAUUAUAAUACGGAUGAGGGCGGCAAAGGCCCCAUUACUUUAGACGAGGUCAAGGAAUUGUUCUCCAAAGGGGCAAUUACAAGUAAAACCCGCUGCUGGGCCAUGGGCUUGGAUGGGUGGAGGGCUCUGGCUCAACUUCCCCAGCUCAAGUGGUGUCUUUUAGCCAAAGGAAACCCUGUUCUGAACGAAAGCGACUUAGCCACCCAUAUUCUCAAUGUGCUGAUCAGGAUGUGCGAGUAUUUCCCUAGCAGGGACGCUGACGGGGCGAUUGUGCGCCCCAUUCCAAAAAUCAAACGAAUUCUUUCAGAGCAGACGGUGCUGUCGCAUGUAGUGCAGCUGCUGCUCACUUUCGACCCGAUUUUAGUGGAGAAAGUAUCCACGCUACUAUGCGAGAUAAUGACCGAUAACCCCGAGAUGCCCAAAGUUUAUUUAACUGGAGUUUUUUACUUUAUUCUGAUGUACACGGGCAGUAACGUGCUUCCGAUAGCACGCUUUUUGCAGUUGACGCACAUGAAACAGGCCUUUAAGACUGACGAGUCAAGAACAACAGCAGCUCAGAAAAGUAUUCUGGGGCGUCUUUUGCCUGAAGCUAUGAUCAACUAUCUGGAAAAUUACGGCGCUGAGAAAUUCGCCCACAUAUUUCUGGGCGAAUUCGAUACUCCGGAAGCCAUUUGGAACUCGCUGAUGCGGCGGAUGUUGAUUGAGCGAAUAGCUGCACAUAUCGCCGACUUUACGCCAAGGUUGCGCACCCAUACCAUGGCCCGUUACUUGUAUAUAGCCAUACCCAGCAUUCGGUACCCGCAAUUGGAGCGCGAGCUCUUUUGCAACAUUUUCUACCUGCGACAUCUGUGCGAUAAUGUGAAGUUCCCCGACUGGCCCAUUCCAGACCCAGUGGCAUUGCUUAAGGACGUGCUGGACACCUGGAAGUGCGAGGUGGAGAAAAAGCCGCCCCAAAUGACUGUGGAAGAGGCAUAUGGAAAUUUGGGCCUGCAAGGCACCUCGCAUGAUGAAGCAGUGAUUCGCAAGGCUUACUACAAGUUAGCGCAGCAGUUUCACCCGGACAAAAAUCCCGAAGGAAGAGAGCGAUUUGAGCAGGUUAAUCAGGCCUACGAGUUUCUCUGCAGCAGAACCAGCUGGAAUGCCGAUGGGCCGAAUCCUAAUAACAUCGUCCUGCUGUUGAAGACGCAAAGCAUUCUCUUCCACCGUCACUCUGAAGUGCUGAAGCCCUACAAAUACUCUGGAUAUCCGCAGCUGAUCACCACAAUUAAAAUCGAGACCAAUGACGAUCAAUUAUUCUCCAAGACUGAGCCUCUAUUGGCUUCCGCUGCCGAACUGGCUUAUCACACUGUGAACUGUUCAGCUCUUAAUGCCGAGGAGCUUCGCAGGCAGAACGGGCUGGAAGUUUUGCUGGAAUCUUUCUCCCGGUGUGUGGACGUGUUGAGCAGAUCCUCCAAACCGGACGAUGUGGCCGUUCAGGUUUGCAUCCAUAUAACGAGGUGCUUCAGUGUGGCCGCCCAAUUCCAAGCCUGCAGGGAGCGAAUCGUUAAUUUGCCACAACUUGUUAAGGAUUUAUGUCGCAUUCUGCAUUUCAAGCAUCUUACGAAGCUUUGCAGCAUAACCACAGAAUGCAUCAGCGCGUUGGCAGUCGAUCCCAUUCUGCAAUUGGAGCUACUGAAGAGCGGCGCUCUGUGGCAUUUGAUGCUGUUUAUAUUCAAGUACGAUUUCACCCUAGAAGAGGGGGGAAUAGAGCGGAAUGAAGAGACCAACGAGCAGGCGGUGAGCAACCGAUUAGCUCGGGAGUCGCUCAAAGCGUGCGCUACCAUGGCUGGACUGUAUUCAGUCAGCAAUACUUUGAUUUUGGAUAUUUUGAAGCAUCUGCUCACGCCCUUUAUUAUUGGGCACUUGGUCAAUGAGCGCCCGGAGGAAACUAACGAGAUUUUGAAAAUUCUGAACUCGAACAGUGAAACUCCUUAUUUGAUCUGGAAUAAUGGCACUAGAACGGAACUGGUGGAUUUUCUGGCCGGGCAAAUCGAAAGCAGGGAACAUGUGGACUUUAAUGCGGCCACUUCUUUCAAGUUUUCCGCCCAUUCGGAGGAGCUGGUGAUUGGCGGAGUGUUUGUGAAGAUCUACAAUGAACAACCCACGUUUCCUAUACAGAAUCCGAAGAGCUUAGUGGUGGAUCUUCUGGCCUUUCUUCACGAUCAGCUAGAGUUCUUAAGAAACCUGGCCAACGUUGCUUAUUCGGUAACCAAAGACAACAAGCUCAUGCACUCAACGAUGGCCCUAAAAGCUCUGUCGACAGUGAUUCGGAAUAAUCCCGGCGUCGAAUUACAAUGCAUCGGCCAUUUCAAGUUGCUGUUCACUCUGCUGGUGGUAAAUCAUGUUCCUGUUCAAGUAGAAUCGCUCAAUGUGAUCGCAGUAGUGACGCGAAACAACGAGUGUAUCAGUGAUAUCGCUUCAUGCGAACUGCUCAGUUAUCUGUUGUUAAGUUUGUACACUUUGCGGGAGCAGCAUCAGCCAAUCCUGGACGUGUUUUCCGCCUUGGUGACCAACACGAAGCUCGUCAAAGAAGCGCUAAAUAAAGGCGCUGUUUUGUAUUUGCUGAACCUCUUUUGCAACUCUACAGUUUCUGCAGUUCGGCAAAAUGCGGCUGAACUGUUGGCCCGAAUGAUUCUCGACAAGUUGGUGGGCCCGAAAAUCCGGAUUGCCACCGAAGUGUUUCUGCCGCCGAUUUUCCUGGAUGCGAUGCGCGACAGUCCAGAAACUUCAAUGCAUAUGCUGGAGUCGUGCCAUGAGCACCCAGAGCUUAUUUGGAAUGAAGACGCCAAGAAUCGGGUGUGUUCAAUAGUCGCCAGACUUACCGAUGAGCACUACAAGGAACAGUGUUCGAAUCCGGCAAUUCAAUGGAAGAAACCGGAUAGUAAUGGAAUUUCCAGCUUAACUGCCCCGAACGAAGUGAUCAUUGGCGGCGUUUAUCUUCGGCUGUUCGUCGAAAAUCCCGCAUGGACUUUGCGGAAGCCCAAAGAGUUCCUCUCGGAACUUCUGGAGACUUGUCUGGACAACAUGUCGAAGGAUGCUCCUAAUGAGGAACUUCUCGAACUGGCAACAAACGCUCUAUGCGCCCUUCUGCAGGCUCAGCCAGCCCUAUUGGAUUUAAUCCCGGCAUUUGGCCACAUUCCCCGGAUUUGCCGUCAAAUGGGCCAAUCCAACGCUAGAUUGGUGGCGGUACCCAAAUCGGCCAUCCUCAUUCUCAAGUCUUUAUCAAUGAACAAUCUUUGUGUGGGAGCAAUUGCCGAAACCCAGUGUAUGCAGCCGCUGAAAAAAGCGAUGCAAGCGCGAAAAGACAUGACGGCCGUCGCAUGCGAAGCGCUAAGUCGCCUAUUUUCGAACAGUCAGGACCAGUUGGUGAAACAAGCCUUAGAAGUGGAUUUUAUUCAGUUUUUGCUGAAUCUUCUAGAAGACCGGUUGGAUUUGAUCGAUAAUCCUGCCAUGACCAAAGCGCAGAUCGUUAAGGCGUUGAAAUCGAUGACUAAAAGUCUGCUGUACGGCGACAGAGUGAAUGCUAUAUUGGAAAAAAGCGGCAUUUGGGCCGAAUACAAGGACCAAAAGCACGAUCUGUUUAUCACCAGCACGAACGUCUCUGGGUAUUUAACUGGUAUCCCAGCUCCAGCCGGUUAUUUGACUCAGGGAUCGGGCAAUUCUCUGCAGGUCGUACCACCGCCUGUGCAUCGGGAGGACUCGCACUUGAAGCACGACGGUUUUUAGUCGAUUAGAUCAAUCGCUGGGUUUUCAACGAAGGAAGCAAUAAAUUUGCCCGAGAACUUUGAACUUUUUCAUUGUAAAUACAGUAUUUGGUCCUGGUGUAGUCUGGCACUGCACAAUUAUAUCAAUUUACUAGACGAUGAUUCUUCGUAAUUUUUUUGCAAUUUAUUAAUCACUUUCUGGUGCAUAAGUUGUAUAGUUAUGAGUAAAUAAGGAAUAUUUAUAACAUAACGUAAAAUAAUAUAUUUUUCUUAAUGCAAA